AUGGAGAAGAGCAGGUCGUUCCCGCAGUACUCGUCGUCUUUCUCCGGCGAGUUCGGGCCGUUCGACGACCGGCGGCGGCGGGCUGGGGACCACAACAAGGCCUACAGCUUCAACGGGCCGAGCCAGAAGUGGGCCGACGACCCAGAAGCGAAGAGGAAGAAGCGGAUCGCGGCCUACAACGUGUUCACCGUGGAAGGCAAGCUCAAGUCCAGCGUCCGCAACAGCUUCAAGUGGAUCAAGACCAAGUUCACCACCAACACGGACGACUCCCGCUAUGGUAUUUAA